CUGUAAUGGUAUUAUAAAUAUCAGCAUAUGAUUUCUCUGCUUUCGUCAAGCACACAGCUGAGAGAGAGAGAGAGUAAAUUCGGGCUUCUGGGUUGGGUUAUAUUCCUCUCAUCUUACCUCUGGAUUGCGUAUAGGUAUUGAAGUGAGAUCUGAUCAAAUGGCAUCAAACGGAGACCAUCAAACAACUUUGAAGCCACCUCCAAGUCCAUCUCCAUUGCGAAAUUCCAAGUUUUCUCAGUCCAAUAUGAGAAUUUUGGUUACUGGAGGAGCUGGAUUCAUUGGAUCUCACUUGGUCGACAAACUAAUGGAAAAUGAGAAAAAUGAGGUUAUUGUUGCUGAUAACUACUUUACUGGAUCUAAAGACAAUCUUAGGAAAUGGAUUGGUCAGCCGAGAUUUGAGCUUAUUCGUCAUGAUGUUACGGAGCCAUUGUUGGUUGAGGUCGAUCAGAUUUAUCAUCUUGCAUGCCCUGCUUCUCCCAUUUUUUAUAAAUACAAUCCUGUAAAGACAAUAAAAACAAAUGUGAUUGGCACGCUGAACAUGCUGGGUCUUGCCAAGCGAGUUGGAGCAAGAAUCUUGCUUACAUCUACUUCAGAGGUAUAUGGUGAUCCACUUGUACACCCUCAACCUGAGAGCUACUGGGGCAAUGUUAAUCCAAUUGGGGUUCGGAGCUGCUAUGAUGAGGGGAAGCGUGUGGCUGAGACAUUGAUGUUUGACUAUCAUAGGCAACAUGGGAUAGAAAUUCGCAUUGCUAGAAUUUUCAACACAUAUGGACCGCGCAUGAAUAUUGAUGAUGGGCGUGUUGUGAGCAACUUCAUUGCUCAAGCACUUCGUGGUGAACCAUUGACAGUUCAAAAGCCUGGAACUCAAACUCGCAGUUUCUGCUACGUCUCUGACAUGGUUGAUGGCCUUAUUCGCCUCAUGGAAGGAGAGCACACUGGACCAAUCAACAUUGGAAACCCAGGGGAAUUUACCAUGACUGGGCUUGCUGAGACAGUGAAGGAGCUUAUUAAUCCUGGUGUGGAGAUAAACAUGGUGGAGAAUACUCCUGAUGAUCCACGACAGAGGAAACCUGACAUUACAAAGGCAAAGGCAUUGUUGGGAUGGGAACCAAAAGUUAAGUUGCGGGAUGGCCUUCCCCUGAUGGAGGAGGACUUCCGGCUGAGGCUUGGAGUCACCAAAAAGAAGUGAAAAACUACCACUGAUACUGAAGAUGAGCAGUGCUCUACAUUGAUGUUUCUUUCUCCUUGAGUACACCAUUGCAUCUGCCCUAGUUCAGUGUCAUGUUUUAGGAAAUAAGCGGUGAUGAUGCAUGGCCUUUACCCUGAUCUUAUAGUUAAUGCAAUUAUCACCAUUAUCAUGCUUUCACAAUCUUAUCUUUCAGUUCGAUUCAUUCAUUGUUGUUGCAACUUGUUGCCCUGGGUUUUGAUGAAAUAAUGACUGGUAAAUUUUUAAA